UGCGCGCGCACAGGCGAGCCGUCCGUGACGUGCGCCGCGCUACGCCCGACGUCACGGGUCCGUGUGUAGUGGCGGCCCGCUGCCCUCAGCGGCAGCGCCUGACGAAAGUGGUGCGGCCGCUGGGUGCGGUGUUCAGGGGUCGUGCGGCGUGCGGCGGCUACGAGGGCGAGGACGACGACGACGACCGGCAGGCCCGGCACCUCCAACCGCGGAGUCGCCGCUCCUGCCCCUUCUCCGGCCUCUGGCGGCGCCCGGCCCACGGCUUCCUCCUUUCCUGCUCAGCUUCGCGCGGGCCUCGGGGCCGCGGCGGCUAGAAGUACCGAGGGGAGCCGAGAGGCCCUGGUCGGCCGCGACCGUCCACGCGCACUCCACCCCGCCCGGCGCGGGCUCCAUGUGAAGGAGGGAUCCGGCCCGCGCCAGACUCCUCGCGCGCCCCUCCGGCCCCCGGGGGCCCGCGGCCUCCCCCGACAGGGGGGCGCGGUGACAGGCCGCGCGGGGGCGGAGGGGCGGGCUCGGAGGCAGUGGCUGCCCCUCCUCGGGCCUGCGGCUCCCUACGUCCCCGCGGAACGGCCGGAAGUAAAGAAUGCUGAUGGAAGAACCAUUUUCUUAAUUUUCAAAUUGUUGAGCUGGUUGCCAUGAUGGAUGAUCAGCAAGCUUUGAACUCAAUCAUGCAAGAUUUGGCUGUUCUUCAUAAAGCCAGUCGACCAGCCUUAUCUUUACAGGAAACCAGAAAAACAAAAGCUUCAUCACCAAAAAAGCAGAAUGAUGUUCGAGUCAAAUUUGAACAUAGAGGGGAAAAAAGAAUCCUUCAAUUCCCCAGACCAGUUAAACUGGAAGAUCUGAGAUCUAAGGCUAAAAUUGCCUUUGGACAGUCUAUGGAUCUCCAUUAUACCAAUAAUGAGUUGGUAAUUCCAUUAACUACCCAAGAUGACUUGGACAAAGCUGUGGAACUGCUGGAUCGUAGUAUUCAUAUGAAGAGCCUCAAGAUAUUACUUGUAAUAAACGGAAGUGCACAGGCUACUAAUUUAGAACCGUUGCCAUCACUAGAAGACUUAGAUAACACAGUAUUUGGAGCAGAGAGGAAAAAGCGACUUUCUAUAAUAGGUCCCACUAGUAGAGAUAGAAGCUCCCCACCCCCAGGAUACAUUCCAGAUGAAUUACACCAGGUUGCCCGGAAUGGGUCAUUCACCAGUAUCAACAGUGAAGGAGAGUUCAUUCCAGAGAGCAUGGACCAAAUGCUGGACCCAUUGUCUUUAAGCAGUCCUGAAAAUUCUGGCUCAGGAAGUUGUCCAUCCCUUGAUAGUCCUUUGGAUGGAGAGAGUUAUCCAAAAUCACGAAUGCCUAGGGCACAGAGCUACCCAGAUAAUCAUCAGGAAUUUUCAGACUAUGAUAACCCUAUCUUUGAGAAAUUUGGAAAAGGAGGAACAUACCCAAGAAGGUAUCAUGUUUCAUAUCACCAUCAAGAUUAUAAUGAUGGUCGUAAAACUUUUCCAAGAGCUAGAAGGACCCAGGGGACCAGCUUCAGAUCUCCUGUGAGUUUCAGUCCUACUGAUCACUCUUUAAGUACUAGCAGUGGAAGCAGUAUCUUUACCCCAGAGUAUGAUGAUAGUCGAAUAAGAAGAAGGGGAAGUGACAUAGACAAUCCUACUUUGACUGUAAUGGACAUCAGCCCACCCAGCCGCUCGCCUCGUGCUCCAACCAACUGGAGAUUGGGCAAACUGCUUGGCCAGGGAGCAUUUGGCAGGGUCUACCUCUGUUAUGAUGUUGAUACAGGGAGAGAAUUGGCAGUUAAACAAGUUCAGUUUGACCCUGAUAGCCCUGAGACCAGCAAGGAAGUAAAUGCACUUGAGUGUGAAAUUCAGUUGUUGAAAAAUUUGCUGCAUGAGCGAAUUGUUCAGUAUUAUGGCUGUUUGAGGGAUCCCCAGGAAAAAACACUUUCCAUAUUUAUGGAAUAUAUGCCAGGGGGUUCAAUUAAGGACCAAUUAAAAGCAUAUGGAGCUCUUACUGAGAAUGUGACUAGGAAAUACACCCGUCAGAUUCUGGAGGGCGUACAUUAUUUGCACAGUAAUAUGAUUGUUCAUAGAGAUAUCAAAGGUGCAAAUAUUCUGCGAGAUUCAACAGGCAACGUCAAACUAGGAGAUUUUGGGGCCAGCAAACGGCUUCAAACCAUCUGUCUUUCAGGGACAGGGAUGAAGUCUGUCACAGGCACACCAUACUGGAUGAGCCCCGAAGUAAUUAGUGGAGAAGGCUAUGGCAGAAAAGCAGACAUCUGGAGUGUGGGCUGUACUGUGGUGGAAAUGCUAACUGAAAAGCCUCCUUGGGCAGAAUUUGAAGCUAUGGCUGCCAUCUUUAAAAUUGCCACUCAGCCAACAAACCCAAAGCUGCCACCUCAUGUCUCAGACUAUACUCGAGAUUUCCUCAAGCGGAUCUUUAUAGAAGCCAAACUGAGACCUUCAGCUGAUGAACUGUUAAGGCACAUGUUCGUGCAUUAUCACUAGCAGCCAGUAACCUCUCCUGUGCCUCUACCCAGCUCCCAUCAAUUCAUUCACCUUCUCUCUGACUGCACUUUUCUUUUUUAUAAAAAAGAGAGAUGGGGAGAAAAAAGACAAGAGGGAAAGUAUUUCUCUUGAUUCUUGGUUUAAAUUGUUUAAUAAUAAUAGUAACCUAAAUUUUUUAUAUUUAAUCUUUUUUUUCCCUUACAAGAACUUGAAACUCCUUUUUUUUUAAAAUUUUUUUAUAAUGUACUGAUGUGGUUCAGAGAGAUAAAGCACUUUAGUACAUAGUUGCUCUUUUUAGUACAAACAAAUCAUUUAGAAUACCUAAGGAUUAUAGAGUCUUUCCCCAUGUCACUGACAGAUUGGUGGUGAUGGGGAGACGUGGAAAACAAGGAGAAGAAAAUGAUGUAUGAUUUGUAGUUUUUAGUGAUUAGUAUUUAAAAUAGAUCCUCAUUUAUGGGGUUGAGCCCUAAACUUGAGUUUAGGGUAGGUACUCAACUUAAAGAAUAUAGGUUCCUUCUUAUAUCUGUAUUCUUUAGAUCCUAACCUCUGUCUACCAGGCUUUUUGCUCAGUAGGAGUCUUGAUAGAAAAUAUGAAUCUCUAAGAGGUAUGUUUAUUUGUUAAUCUUAACCAGUAUAAUAAGCAAAUACACUAUAAUAGAUCCAUGUUACUGGAAUCUGUAUACCUUGAGGGAUAGCUUUCAGCUUAAAAAAAAAAAAAAAAAAAAAAAAAGAAAGGUACUAUUUUAGAGUAAAGCAGAUAUGAGAAGUCAGUGAGCAAAUCCAAAUUAAAAGGCAAAAAGAGAUUGGUGUGAGUCAGUGUGUGGGCAGAAGAAUCCACAUUUAACAGUUAAUAGAAAUAAUGAAAAGAAGAACUAAAUAUUAGUGUAUUUUAAACUAUGCUCUUUAGUGGAGGGAAAAAGGCCCAAGAUUAAGGGAAAAGAGAAAUAACCAAAUCAUGUAUCUUCCAUGUAUUUCUAGCUCCAGAUUCCUCAUAGAUAACAUUCUUUGGGAACUAAGAAUUUAACUUGGGGCAUCCACAUGUUAAAGCUAGUCUCAUGAGAUAAAAAUCCUUGUUCUUGGGAUCACAGAAUACUAAAGCACCUCACAAAAUAAGCUACUAUGUAAAACAGUGGUUCUCAAAUGUCGGGUGGGAAUAAUUUUGCCUUGCAUUCGGCAAUGCCUGGAGAGUUUUUCAUGUCACAAUCACAACUAGAAGGAUCAUAGUGGCACUGGGUAGUCUGAGGCCAGGGAUGCUGCCAAAAAAACUACACUAUACAAAUACAGCAUCCCUAUCUGCUAACAAAGAAUUAUCCUGACCAAAAUGUCAAAAAGUGCUGAAGUUGAGAACCUGAUGUAAAGACCAGCCCCAGUUAUAAACUGAAAAUAGCCAUUUACAGAGUAGGUUCCUUGCAAAAAGUAUACUUCAGAGAGAAAGUGAUGCAAUGCAGAAAAAGGGUUUUACAAGAGCCGAUACCACUACUUCACAUCAAGGGUGAACAAUCUCAACAAACAUCAAAUAGCAGUCCUUUCCUUUACCAGCUGUGUAUUACACCCAGAUCAGUAACUUCCAUUGUAGAAACAAAAUGAAUUUAAACAUGGAACCUAUUAAACCCAGCCAUCUGUAUAUAUUCUUUCCUCAAAAGUCAGUUUGUAAUUGUGGGAAAAGACAAGCAUAUCAAAACAAAGUAUUAACUACUUUAUAAGAAUGUUUAAAACUGCCAGGUAUUACUAGUAUAACAUAUCCGCUAAGAGCAAGGACAUCCAGUGGAAAGAAGCAUCUGGGAAACUCCCACUAUCUCUAAUGGACUUGUGCUACUGAAAAAUAUGAGUAAUAGCAGUAAUUUAGCUACUUGCAGUUUGUUUCAGCAUAUUAAAGCAAGUGCUAAGUACUUUAUUUUUAAAGGUUAGGAAAUAGUAGUCUUUCUGGAGGCCCUAAAUGUGAAGCCUUUCGUGGGACUCAUAAGGGGCUCUAGUAUUUUAUUUUCUGCUAAAAGAUACGCUCUUCUAGGGGCUGUUUUAAAAUACUUUGUUUCUGAAGUUGGGUGGAUCUUGGUUUCCUGGAUCAAGGUCCUAUCUGGCAUUUUCUCUAGGAAUAUUUGAAAUUCUUCUAGCUAGUCUGAGAAAAAGUCAAAGCACAAAUACAGUUGUCAAGGCUUCUCCCAUACGUUUAUAAUUAAAGGAAGCAGCUUGCAAGGAAGAAUAUGAAUUAGUGGCCUCUUCCCCCUUGAAAAUCAGCUGCCAAAUCUUGUGCUAUAAAUGUAGUCCCCAAGGAUGUGGAUCUAUUAUAAUUUCUUUAGCUUUUAUGAGUGAAGGCAUCUCUUCUGCUUGAGCAAGAUCAUGGUAUCUGGACCAGUGGGCUUUUCCUUCAUUCCUUCAUAUUGUGUGGUUUUGAUUUUGAUUUCCUUGUAGCUCAUUUUUGGUUUGCCAGGGUAACUAGCAGUGCAGAAUAUGAGAGAAAUGCUCUUUAGAGAGAAAUCUUGGGGGGCUGUGAAACCCAAGGCAAAAUCGUUUGCUUUUUUUCUUCUCUAAAUGCUAUGGAAGAUAAAAUCACCUGAAAAGAAACUACUACUUUAACACUGCUGCAGAAGACCUUUGUUUUAUAAGAAAAAUAUGGAAAAGUAUUGUUCUUUAUGUAAAGACUUAAAAAUAGACUAAUAGUUUACAGAAUUAUUAUAUAAAAUGUGAUGUGAAUUUAUUUCAAACAAGUUAUAAAGGUACCAAAAACGACAAUAAAAGUUAAUAUAUAUAAAAACUACUGGAACAAAAAAGCUUGAGAUGGGAUGAAAAGACUAAAAGUAAAUUUUAGAAAAAAUUUUGAAAGGAAACCCAUUAGGGGCAGUUAAAUAUGACACUCCAGUUUUUUUCUUUCUAAUAAUGGUAUGGAUCAACAAAUGAAAUUUGAACUUUUAAAUAUUACUCUAAAUAUAUUUUGUUUUUUAAAUGCACAACUGAUUCUUCUAUACUGUAAUGUUUCUUUGCUGAGGCUGGAAAAUGGCCAGACUGCUGACUUUGUGCCUUUAAAAUGCAUUCUGCUUUGAUAGUGGCAGACUUUUUGGUGCUGGAGAAGAUUCACUAGCAGUCUUAUAUGUGCUUUUCAGGAAAUAUCUUUCUCCUUAGGCCUUGAGAGAUUCAAAAUGGCAUGAGUUAGGCUUGGACCAAAUAUAAGAUCUUUUACAUUGCAAACAAACUGUAUUGAAUAAAAGGGUUGAAAAAAUAACAUAAUGACUAAUGGAAAUUUUGAUGGUUGGUAAUUCUUUAAAAUGUACUUAAAAGUAUACAGACUUUGAAGUUUUCAGUAUGACUAUCUUGAAAAUUUUUCAGUUUUUCUCUUACAAAACAUGUUUCUAACUUGAAAAUGGUUAAAGAUGAUUGCCUUAGAAAAUUCUCAAAGGCAGUCAACCUUACAUAAUUUAUAUAAGAGCUUGAAGUGUUAAUGCACAGUCUGAAAUGUAAAAGAAAAGUUAAAACUUAUUUCCAAGUAAGUUGAAUUGGCUUUCAGUUGAGAGAGCCUUUAUCUUAUUCCCAAUAGAAAGUACAAUAAAAAGGUGGAUUUUUUUUUUUUUUUUUACAAGAGUUUUCUGCUACUAGAGCUCUUAUAUAUAUCAGGUCUGGUCUGUAGUACUUCUGAGAUGGUGUUGUAAGAUAUGUGAAGUCACUAAGAAAAAUAAAAUCUGGUUAGUUUAUAGGGACGACCAAGCUUGGGUGCAAAAGCCAAGAUACUUGUCAGAUGCAGACUCUUUGAACCACAGCAGAGCUCUGUGCCAGUGGUUUUGAGGUCUAGAGACCAGUAACUUGAUACAGAAUACCUGGUGUCAGUUGAGUAUAGAAAUCUAUCAAUUUCUUUUAAAGAGAGUGAAUCUUUUUUACUUGCUUAUUCAAUAAUUGUGGCUUAUUAUGUCAGGUACUGGAUUAACUUUCUUUUUUAAGUAGGUCACGGUCUAGGAGGAAAUUAGGCAAACAAAUACACUUAUUUUAUGGUAUACCCUAACUCUGAAAGUUCAGCAGUGAUGUUUUUAAACAUCACUGGAUUUUAUGAAAUGAGAGGAAAGCAAUUUGGGGCAAUCAUUGGCUGUUGUAAACUAAAAUGCCAUUAACAGGGAAAAAGUAUCCCCAAAUUGGAGGGACCACAUAGGUCAGGUGGCCUCUGUCUCAGGACUCCCUCUUAUAUAAAAAAGUCCAUCCCCUACUCAAUUCUAGCGGUGAGGGGCAUAUAUCCCAAAACAUAGGUUUUUUCCUGUUUUUUCUUUUAAAGGGAAAACAGUUUUUAAAGUCUAAAUUAUUAAAUGUCCAAAACAUUUGAUAGAAGUUGUAUUCUGUCAACAGUGUUACAUAUGCUAGGGUCAGGACAGUUUCUUGAGCCCUUAUUGUUAUAUUAAGUUUGGCCUUUUUACAAAUGUAAUGCUCAUAUUUAUUUGAAUUUUAAGAUUAAGUGUUAAUGAAAAGCAAUUUAAUUGUUCAUUUUUGGUAGUGCCUUUUUCUCUGUAUGCCUUAAUUUUAUUUUAUAUCUAUAAUAAUUCAAGUUACCCACCACAGGAAGUUUUUUCCAAAAUCAGUAGGCUUCAAGAUGUUCAUUUGGCCUUAGGACUGUGUGUUGGCCCAUAAACCUUUCUUAAUGCCUGCUUCCUCCUCCUACCCUUUUCUACCUCUUUUUAUUUUACAUAUAUAUAUUCUCCAUAUUUUACAUAUAUAUGUUCAAAGAGAAACAUUAGCAUUAGUCUGUGAUAGACACACUGCAGUCUCCACUAGACGUGAAUGCCUACAAUAAGAAUAGAAAGAGGUAUUCUAAUUCUAAGAGACGUAGAGAAUUGUUUCCUAGUUUGGUGACUUGACUUUCAAUCACAUUGGCACUGUCCAAAUUCUUUGUAUAUCAUGGUUCAGUUAUGAUUUUCAUAGCAGAGCUAGAAUGGUUAAUUUUGCCCUAAAGAGGUCAUUUAAAUGGUUUACGAAUGUUAAGGCAAUGAAACUUAGGGCAAUGUGCAAGGAAUCCAGGGAUAGCAGUUCUGAUCCUUACUUUUAACUAACAUUUUGACUAAAUCUCUAGCUUACUUUUCUGUGAAAAGAGAAAGUGAGAGAGUGUGUGUGUGUGUGUGUGUGUGCGCGCGCGCGCAUGCGUGUGGGUGUGAGAGAGGGAGAGAGAGUGAGUUGGGGCAGGGGUGGGAAGGAAGGAAAAGUAUGAGUGUUCAAUUAGAUUAGUCUCUGUUACUAGAAGAACAACUGAAAUGUGUAUGACCUACUGAUGAUGGAUGAGUGUAAUCGUCUUCAGAUAGGAACGCCAGCACAUUUUCCACAAGUAGCUAGUACAAAUGAUUGUUUAAUAAAGGUAUUUAUUGUAAAUUGCCAAGCUCUUGGUUGGUAAAAGUAGAUUAAAAUUGAAUUUGUAUGUGUGUAUAAUAGUGAGCUUAUAUAUAAUUCUGAAAUAGAAAAUAAUUGAUUUUGCGUAGUUCUUCAUGAGCUCUUUGAAAUAGAAAUUCUUCCAGACAUUAUGAAAAGAAGCUUCCUUAGCUUACCAAGUGUUCAAAAGGAAAUUGUCUUAUACCUCUUUUUGGUUGGCUAGGGAAGGCGUGCUGUGAAGCCACUGUUCCUACUUCAUAGUUGUCUUUAGCUUUGCUUUGACUUCUGCCACAGUCUGGACAGGAUGCCAUAAUACGUAUGAGAAGUAUCAGGGCCAGCCAUCUCUCCAUACUCACC